AUGUGGAUUGGUGGUGGUCCAUAUACAGGCCGCUAUACAAGGCCUCGUUUGUAUUCCCAUGUCCAACCACCUCCCUUGACCAUCCCUGGCAAGCUCCUCAUUCCUAUGCACACAGAAAUCUCUGAUAGAAAGCCCAGUCCAAAAGUUAUGGAUACCGCUGAGUACAAUUCGCAUCUUCAGGCAUACCAUCCCCAUAUUCCCCUCUACGGCCCGUCCGCGAGUGCCCGGCACAAACCUCCAAAACUUUACCAUUAUCCUUCUAGGUCUAGCAUCGGUGGCAUCGUACAUGCAUGCUAUGACUUUUUAGCUCCGGCGGGUUGCACGCAAAAUGGUCCUCUAUACUGCGAGCUUUUCUCUACGAGGACUCAUAUGACCUUUUUCAUGCUCCGACGCUUUUGUGUUGAGAUGCAUGAAGAGUUGCCGCUGGCAAUCUGCCUUUGCAGAAUUUGCGGCCCUGAGUGUAAUCAUGGUGGAUUUCAUGCUUUAGCUCUGGGCCGCAACUGGUUCUGGUCAACAUGUCCGAAUCAUAUAAGCCACCUGGGUAAGAUCGACACAAGACAAUUGUUACGACAUUGA